GAGCUCGUCUCCUCCGUGGCAUCUCCUCGUCUCCCUGAAUCCCACUGAUGUGCGACUUCCUCCCGGCGGCUGAACCAGAGGAUGUCUGGGCCUGUUUCGCGUUAACGUUGAGACAACGAUCCAGGAAACAUCCGCCUCUGUAAGGUCCGUGAGCUUCCCGGUGGUCGUCAAGGCGGAAAUGCCCCAGUGUCUUGCCUCGGAGAGACAGUGGUGCGGGUUUGUUGUGGUACGAAGAGCAGCUCCUUCGUUUGUUUGGUGUUGGUCGUGGAUUUUCCUUCUUUCAAGAGGGAUUUGAAAACUAAGGGACAAAGCCCCCAUCAACUGGACACAAGGUGGAAUGAGGAUGUCUGCUGUGGACUGAAAUCCAUACCGAGAAACAAUAUGAAGCAGAAGCUGCUUCGUGGUUUCCUUUCGGAAAUUUCCAUCCGAAUAGCGUUGUUGGUGGUGUUCCUUGUGACGGAGCAGCUUCCUCCUUUCCUCCGUGAGAUCCAGCCCGAGGAGAUGUGGUUGUAUAAAUUCCAUCGUGUGGAGAAUGACCACGUUCCCACCUCGCUCAUGUUUAGUGUGGCAGUUUUCACCCCACUGAUUGUCAUCGUGGUUUUCACCUUCAUGAGGAAGUCGGAGCGAGGAGAUCUGAAAGAAGCCUCGCUGGCUGUGACUCUGACUCUGGUGCUGAAUGGAGUUUUCACCAACGUCAUCAAACUGGUUGUUGGCAGGCCGCGACCGGAUUUCUUCUACCGCUGUUUUCCAGAUGGUCAGAUGAACCUGGAGCUGCACUGCACCGGUGACCCAGAUACGGUCAUAGAGGGCAGGAAGAGCUUCCCCAGCGGGCAUUCCUCCUUUGCCUUCGCAGGUUUGGGUUUCACAGCGUUCUACAUCGCAGGAAAGCUGCGCUGCUUCAACGUGGUGGGCCAAGGCAGAGCGUGGCGGCUGUGUGCCUUCCUCACCCCUUUGCUUGUGGCGACUGUUAUCGCCCUCUCCAGAACCUGCGACUACAAACACCACUGGCAAGAUGUGUUAGUGGGUUCUCUGCUUGGUCUCGUCUUCGCCUGGCUGUGUUACCGGCAGCACUACCCUCCACUUCAGGACCCCGACUGCCACAGACCUCUGCGUCACAGAGAGAUGGUUCCUGCUGCACAGGAGCGCAAGCUGGCCAACUCCAACUACAUCCUGCCCAUGUAGAGCAGCUGUAGCCGGAGAAUUACUCUUUGCAGGUGUAAUCUAUACUAGGUUACAUGGUAAUCUUUCUUACUCUGGUUUUUACACCCUUCAGGCCAGGCAGUAAAUCAGUAUUUAUUGUUAGUCGUCGAUCAUUGUACAUGUACGGUGGCAAUUUUCUUUUUGUAAGGUGACACGCAGUAUGUUUUCCAAACUGAAUUUAGAAAAACGAAUUCCUCUCGGGGGUUUUCUGGGACACAUGAGUACCGGAGAAUAACAACACAAUUUUAACAGUCGCAUGUGAUGAAAAUGAACUAUGCGGACAGCCUGGAGUGUGUGUUUCCGAACCCUAUAAUGAUGUCAAUACCUUCUGGAUGUUUUACUGGAGGUCUUCUGGUUGUCUUGACAUCGUUCUCCAUAUGGCUCAGCCCCACACACACACACACACCCACACGGACGCACACACCCUGUAUAUUGUGCCUAUGGGUGACAUGACUUUAAAUACUCCCAACAGUUGAGCAAGUCACUGAAACAACCACUGCACUAUUCGUCCACUGCCCAUCAAACUCUGGCUCAGCUGCUGGGACACAGUCUCUCCUGCAGGGCCACUAUUUGGAGAUGUUUUUGUAAACUUGCAACUUUCUAGCCAAGCAGGGUUGAGGUUAAAGGGAAACCUGUAUAUUUAUUUUAUCAUUUUAUUUCUCUGCAUGGCUGUUAAUUCUUGACCUCUCGCAACAGUAUAGGAUGAGUGUAAUGGAAGUUCAAAUAUCAUGUUUUCAACAGCGGCUCCUGGUGUCGGAGCUGGCUGAGGUGUCAUCACGUGACCUAAAUGUGAAACAGCGCCGCGAGACACUGAACAAGAAUAGAGUGUCAUGAGCAGAUGAUAUCAUUUCUCUCUAAGCACCAGAGCAGCCGCAGCAUCGAUUGACAUUAACCAUGAGUCAUGGUAUGGCAGGAGAAAGGUGAAGGAUGUUGCACGAAACCAAAACUGUGUUUAUGGACAUCUGCCCUCAUCGAGAGCCAGGCUUGUCUUCUGAGCGGCUCCAUUCGAACAGUCAAUGCCUUGCUCAAGGGCAGCUCUGUGACUGGAAUGAGGAAGAGAAAGGCACCCUCUAAUUCCUGUAGCCUGUAACUGUCCAGUCCCAAGUCCACCUCUUAUACCUGUAGAGAUGGAUACUAACGACCUGUCGUGACUUGACCAAACCUUCACAUUUAAUGUCACAUGACGACACAAGAGAGUGAGAUGUGAUGUGACAUUUGGAAAAGGCUUCAUGAGCCCAAUCCCUGGUAAAACAGCCCAGUGUAGCAGUUCCACUCAACUCUUCUUAGUAUUUGAAUGAUUGUAUGACACUUGAUCAUUUACUUGUUCUAACUGCACAUCACAUCUGCUGAUAUCAAUGUUCAUGUGACCCUAAAGCUCCUGUGAGACAAAAGUGUUGCUGCCUCAGUGGAGCUCAGGGGGACUUUAGGUCUGCUGCUUGUCACUGCACACUCCUCUGGCUCCUCUGCCAACAGAGCUAACGUGAGGAAGAGAGAUGAAGGUGCACAGGGGUUGGGUUUUUUGUGAUCACAGUGGAACCUGAUCAUUGUGAUGAGCCUGAGUGGGGUCGGACCCUAACCUCUCCCGGUGAUGGUGCUAGCCUCCCAGUUCUGUUGCUGGUCAGGUUUCCUAUCCCAUCAGUGGCAAAUGAAGAUUUUUUUAUUUUUUUAUUUUUUUCCUCUGUCAAUUCCAUCAACUUCAUUCCAGUCAAUUGUAUUUAGAUUUUUACUUAUUUGUGAUUUUCCGUUAUAUCUUUUAAUUAUGCAAAAUUGUUGCUUUCACGUAUAGACGACGCACAUUUUUUACUUUGAUGUUUUAUGCAGAUGGCAACAUGAGAGAUGACCAAACCUCCAUGUUUCUUGUUUGUUUGUGAACACAGCCAACAUGUUGCAGGGUCAGCACCUUUCGUUCAUUGCUGUGAAUCCGGCUUCGAGUGGCUGGAUCACAGUGGUUCAGACCAAACUUGGCAGAGAAAGAAAAUCAUGAAUUUGUGCCUUUUGUUUAAUGCAUUGCUUUAUGACUCUGUCCAUGAAUGAACUGUAAACUGCAUAUAUCAGUGUCUGAUCUCUGUUAUUUAUAGUUUCCUUUAAAUCUUUACUUUUUUGUUUUACAGUUUUUAGGAUUUACUUGUUAAGAGGUUUUAAUGUGGUUUGCGGCCUCCCUUUACCUCAGAAAAUAACACAUGUAAUUUAUUUCCAUACAUUCAACUGUACUUGUGAAGAUAUCUGUGUGAGAAGUGAACUAUUUACAACUGAUGGAAGAGGACGAAGAACCUUUCCUUUUACAGACAUUUGAGAGAAAUGAUCUCUUACUUUACUGGGUCUUUCUUAAAGGUAUUUAUGAGAUGAUGUACAGGUCUUUUUGUGUUUUAUUUUGGGGCAUGUGGGAGUUUACUUGAAGUUAGAAUAUUCGUUUCUAUACCUUAAAUGUGAUGACGUAAGUAAGAACCAUAUUUGUUGUGGGCACACAAGAUUCUGGAGGACCUUUCGGGUUUAAAAUAAAAAAAUAAAAUUAUAUUUUCCAGUUUAUAUGUUUCACAGCCACAUAUAAACAUUUUCCUCAUUAUUUUCUUUUAAAUCUCUGCAUCUACAUCUAAGUCCAUUAACUUAUGUAAUUAUCAGUACACAUACUCUAUCAGGUUGUUGAUCAGGUGUGGUCUUCAGAUCUACUGUCAGGAUGAGGGAUUAUGUGAAAACCUGCCAGUUUGCAUCAUUGAUGUCAUGCCCAUCAUAAUUUGCCUUGGCUUCUCUGACCAUUUUGAUCCUGAUUGUACAUGUGAUGCUUUAAAUGGAUCUUUUAAUGGCACAAAAUGAUGUUUCUAAAUUACCCUGCACCACAAAAUGUCCUCUGGUUCUUUUCUGUUAAUAGCGGGCACCUGUUUAUAGAAUAUGCAUUUUAGAGGAUACAUUGAAAAGUGAUCAAUAAAUGCUACAUUAACACAAA